ACCUUCCGUUCACAAUAGCAUUCUUUCAAUGGACUCAACCGACGCUAGGACCCAGGGCGGGCGCCGGGGGAAGUCCUCUGCUGCUGGCGGGGCAAGGCAGAGCACAGAAACACGCACACACACACACACACACACACACAGACACAUCCACACACACAAACACACACGUCCACACACUCACCGAGCUCUUCUCCGACAGAGGAGAGAGAGCGCGAGCGCGGAGAGUGAUAAACAGAGAGAGAGAGAGGGAGAGAGAGACCAUAGGAACGCAGCGGCUUGUGUGUGUGUGUGCGCGCGUGUGUGUGUAGGUACGCUCGCUCGGUGGUAGAAACGACUGGCGGGGCGGAUAUGGAGGGGCUCGGGAAAAACGCUGGGAACUGACCGAGCACCGAGACGAAGAGAGGGAAAGAGAGAGAGAAGAGAGAGGAAGGACGGACGGACCGCGCGGAAGGAAGGAAAGGAAAGGAAAGGAGGAGAGGAGGAGAGAGAGUGAGAGAGAAGUGUGACAGAGGAGAGGAAGACUCUGAAGAGGGGUCUCGUCUGGAACACAGAAGGAUCCUAAGGAGUGAGCCCUGGGCUGGAUGGGACCCACCAUGCCCCCCAGUAAGAAGGCCCAGAGCCCCAGCAGUGGAGCCAGUGCCUCGCAGGGUAUGAGCCCGCCAUACCGGCAGGGCGAUGCUGCGACGGCAGCAUCCGAGGCUGAGGCAGCUGACCUCUCCUUGUCCCUGUCUGCCUCCUUCUCCAAGGCUGAGGACGAGGAGCUCACUAGCCUCUCCUGGCUCCACGAGAGCACCGACCUCCUCAACAGCUUCAGCCACUCUGGGCUGCGUAGCGUCUCCCCCCUGCAGGAUCCCGAUGGUCAGCACCCCCGUUCGCCCUCCUCCUCGUCUCCCUCCCCGGACGACCCUCUGCUCGGUGAUGCACACUCAGCGUAUGACUUGGCAGCAGGGGCCAACCGAAAACCACCGUACUCCUUCAGCUGCCUGAUCUUCAUGGCCAUCGAGGAUGCGCCAAACAAGCGGCUGCCGGUGAAGGAUAUCUACGGCUGGAUCCUGGAGCACUUUCCUUACUUUGCAAGCGCCCCCACAGGCUGGAAGAACUCAGUGCGCCACAAUUUGUCACUUAACAAGUGCUUCAAGAAGGUGGAUAAAGACCGGAGCCAGAGCAUAGGCAAAGGCUCUCUGUGGUCCAUAGAUCCGGAGUACAGGCACAACCUGAUCCAGGCUCUGAAGAAGACGCCGUACCAUCCGUACUCACCCGGCCUGGCCAGCCCCUCCACCUCCCCACCCACCCUGCCUCAGACAUUUCACCACAGUCCUCCAUUGUGGUCGGGGAGUCCCCUCUUCAGAAAGAACGGAGGAGUUCUCCUACAAGUUCCUCGUGGGGUCAUCCAAAAUGGCGCUCGUGUCAGGAGCCAGGCACUAUUUCCUGUGAUUAGACCCCUACCUGUAAGCCCUGUGGGAAGCAGAACCUCGGCCAUAAGAUCGUCCCUGGGAGAUUAUCUAAGCCGAGGACAGGACAGCCCAUCCCGUUACUCUCCUCCGCCCUGCAGCGAGGACCUCCAGGACGACCACACAUACAGCACCGCCAAAUCGCCCAGCAGGCUGUGCUCCUCUCAAGUCGCCACCCCUUCCUCCCCCCUGGAGGACGACGACAUCAUCGCCGUGGAGAUCCAGUCGGACGUCAAACCUGAGCCCCGGGAGAUCCCGCUGGAUUCUCACGUCACCACUGCGGCUGCUGCCUACAUUUCUCAGCAGCCCCUGCGCGGACAGAGACGUAGUUCGGGGGCGGGAGCUGGGACUCUGGCGGGAAGCAGUUUGCCCUGGACCAAAAACCGAGCAAGGGGCAUUAGCGACACACUGCCGCUGAAGAAGCGGCGUGCGGCGGCCGUGGAGAAGCCGCCGGAGAGCGACGACGAGGAGAUGAAGGAGGCGGCGGGGUCGCUGCUCCACCUGGCAGGGGUCAGAGCCUGCCUCAACAACAUCACAAACCGCACCGCCAAGGGCCAGAAGGAGCAGAAAGAGGCCCUGAGAAACUAAGAGACACGCACAUCGAACAAGUACAUAGUCACACCAACACACACAGAUGCUACACAGCUCAAAGCACGCACUCACACACAUUAACACAGACACAUAUACAACACACAAAUAGGUCAACAGGUAACGUUACUACAGCAUUAGUCUCAACGGACACUUCUCAUCUCCCUCUAUCUAUCUGCAGGGCAUUAGGUGAAUCCUACUUAUUUGUGGCAAUAUCAAAAAUCUAUGUUUUCCUACAUGUUCAGCAACACUAACAUCAAUGGGUAUUUCUCAUGUGUCUUUGUUGUUUUUGUUGUUUAAAAGGGGAUGAAAGCCAUAAGAAAAAAAAAAAGCAUGUUUUGUCACUAAUUUGGACAAGCUGAACACGACAAAAGCGAAUCGCACCGAGGAGCGCAGAGUACGCAGAAGAUGGCUGUUUGUCUUACCUGUUUGUUUCUAUGUGAAACUGUAGCAAUCUCGCGGUGAUGCCAGCAGAGACGGCAGCGCCGGCGAGACGAGCCUAACCGCUUACUGGCAUCACUCGCCUACAUCCACGAGCACAAAUGUGAGACUGUGCCAAAGAUAAGCGACCAGGUUGCUUCAUGUAGCCGAUACGACAGCUGACAAAAAAUAAAAGAAGGCAUAGUAGUACAGGAGAGCUAGAGUGAAUGACCUUAAGUGUCAAAAUAAUUGUAAAACCCAAUGUGAUAUAUAUCCAUGCACUUAAGAUUAUUUAACGCCACUUAUAAUAGAAGCAUCAUGGGUAAAGACAUGGUUUAUUUCAAGAGCACUCAUAGUAUUUAAGAGUAGAUAUUUAAAAAUAAAAAUAAAAAAAAGAUCAUGUUUAUCACCAUAGAGACGGAUAGCGUGCCGGGUCUGAGGCAAUAUCUCCUUCAUUUUGUUGUUGUUGUUGCAUAAUGUAAACGUCCCUGAAACUUCCCCAGUACUUCUGUCCAUAGACGUAGACACCUGGUAUAGAUAUCGUAGCUACCAGUAGCUACCACACCUUCCUAUUCAUUUUGACAAUGUCAAAGAACUAUAUACAUGAACUGUGGGUUUCGAUUUCCGUUUGUGUCUGUUUACCCUCACUCUACCCUCAUAAAGAUAUAAGCAAUUUGUCCCGUGUGGACAACUCUGUAAAAAGGUUAGAAAAUAUUUUAUUUUUUUCCUUUCUUAAUUGAAGCAAUUUGACCUGCAGGACUUUCUCAGUUAUAUUGCAUGGGUGCUUGUAAAUAAGAUAAAAAGCAAAUCUUUUUUAUUCAAAGAUCAUGUAAGAUAAACAAUGUAUUUAGCAUGAAGCAUGACUUAUUUUCAUAUAAACCUUGAUCCUAGAGGAAAGAAAAAAAGUUUUGCCGCCAAUUCUUAUACCCGUGAUUAUAUUGGAUUUUUCGUUUGUUUGUUUCUUUGUUUCUUUGAAUCUUUUGGGUUCUUUUUUCUGAGCGGGCUUUCAAAGACACGUCUUCAGGGAGGAACGUGGGAGAUCACUUUGCAAUUAGAGGCCCGAGGGUGCCACCUCUGGUCUUCGGGUUCAGGCUAUGUAGGCCAGCUGAAUCACCUCUUAGGGGUGGGCUUCCGUCUUCUUCUGCCUGUACAGUGAUUUUUAGGUGUUCAGUGUUAACCCCAGUGUUAUUUCCGAACACGUCUGUAGAGUGUGUGAGUUUGUGUGCCCGGGAACACACACCCUUUAACAUUGUGCCUGCCUGCCUGCCUGCCCUCAGUACCUCUGUUGUCAUGUCUCUGACAUGUUUUGACAGAACGUUACCUGUCUUUAUUUAAAGCAGUAUUGUUUUUUUUUUUCCUCUCCUGUGUGUAAAUGUACAUGUGUUCUUAUUUUCCAUUGGCACUGUUCAGUGUACAUGUAUGGAUCAGACCGGCAUGGGAAACUUUGUGGGUGUCCUGGAAGAACCUCAUAUUGUCUGAAAAGGGUACUUGGGAGCUGAACUGAAAAGAAAGUGGAUGGCAUAAAAAGUUUGUUUUACAUCCAGUAUUGUUAGCCCUUUAAUUAAAAGAAUAAGAACAGUCUAUUACAUAUUUAUCUUGAGCAAGACAAGUUUUUUUUAAAUAUAUUUUGCCACUCUACAAGGUGUAUUUGUACCUCACUUAGGGCCAUGAAAACACUGACUUGAUUGAAAUUCAUAAGGACAGUAAUGAGCUUUGACAUUUUUGCAGCAGAAGUGAUAAAGACGCUGCACUGCCAUUAUUCGGCAUGCUUUUGCCGAAACAGGACUGUGUUAAGGUAUGAAUUUUCUCCUCACUGGCAUCGAUCCGGUGCAUAUAAAGAGCAGCCUUGUAGGGGAAAAUAUAAGUUGGCUUUGGCUGCAGCGGAGUCACGCGAGGUUUUGUUUAAGCUGUUGACUGAUUGUCAGCGAGCCAAGCAGGCAAACAAAUGCAUGUUCCAUCCACUGGUACGGUCUUUUGCCACCUGUAGCAUGCAUCAAUGGCGUCACAUUUUGUCUGGUAUCCAUCCCGAUGUAAAAGUAAGGCUAAAAGGAGACACUGUUGGUGUUGUUGUUGUUGUUGUGUGCCAUCCGUCUCCUGUCUGAUAUCUGUCUGAGUGCUCCCGUGGCCAGGGUCAAGCACUCUGCUGUAUUUGCAGUAACAAUCCACUGUUGUGGUGACUAAUAACGUGUUCAGCCGGCAAGAGGCAUGUUGAGGGAAGAAUGCGUUGCUUUAGCAACCACCCUUUUUCCUCUGACUCACUCAGUGACAUGCAGGGAAGAUGAACUCCUGACCUACGAGUCCUGCAAAAACAGAGCAACACAUAAGAUAUAUGUGGGAUGUUUUAAAGCUAAGGAAAUUUAAUUCACUGCCUGAAAAUCCCCCCCAAAACAAGUGUUUCUUUCAAACCUGCCAAACAUGUAAUAAAACGCUCUAAAAAGAAAAUAGUUGCCAUUUUUUUUAUUUGUUGAUGUUUUAAUGCACAUUUUCAUUUUCUGUUUUGUUUUCUCUCUGACAAAAUUAUCUACAGUACUGCCAUUCUUUUUUGGUGACUAUCUGAGAUGAAUAUUGGAAAGCCAUAGGUUAGAGAAGUCAAAAUGCAAAACUGUUAUUGAUCUGUGAGAUGUGAUACAGAGUACACCCAGGUGUUUGGUUUUUUUUUCAGUAAAUGUUCAAUUCUCUCCUUAUUGUGCAAUCAUAUUGCCAAAGAAUGAUUUCAAGACCUAUUUCAUCACUACAUGUAAAUAUCAACGUUGUCCAAUACUGUGGCAAAAAUAUAUAAAUGUUGUUUUAUUUUGUUUUCCAUUUUCUGAAAAACUGCAAUGAUGUUUAUGUGAUGUAUUGUCUUCCAGUUGGUUGCAAUAAUAAAAAAUACAAGUUGCAGAAGA